GAGAAGUCGCAGAGAAUGGAGCAGUCUGUCGCCAUCAACGUCCCUGUCGAGACGCACCUCCUCCUCGGCUGUUGCCGCGAGGCAGACCGAGCCGAUGUCGUUGCCCAGGGGUUGGACCAACUGCGCGCGGCGCUCGCCGAGUCCUUCCAUAGCCAUCUCAUAGCCCUGGCCGGCGAGAUACGAGGCUCGAGCAGACUCCUCCGGGGCCUCGCCGAUCGCUCACAGAUGCACAUCGCGCGUGUCCCCAUCAUAGCCAGCUAUUUGAACGUCGUCUUGCCCUGCCUGUCCCGGACGUUGACGGACAUCACCGCGUAUUAUGAGGACAAGACGAUGCACCGAGAGAUAAGAUGGCGUAAAAUGUACAAUAAGAUGACCGAGCAAGCCGGGGGCCUUCCGCUACCGCAGCGUUUCGUGCUCUUCAACCACUUCCUAUCGCUACUCAAGCAGCUGCUGACCAGGUCACCGAGCUUCGACCUGAACACGCUCGAGACACUUCGCGCGCGGAUUGUCACACUCUGUGAACAGAUUGGACUAUGUAACCGCCCCCCAGGACAAGUUGGCACUUCUGUGGUCCGCCAGGAUCUGAUGUCUCUAGCAGUCGUGCAAGACCGCAAUUCGCAUUGGGCGGAGCUGAUAUUCUCUCUCCCUCUUCCGUCGCGGACGGCGUUGAAACACCUAAGACCGUCCAAGUCAUUCGGUCCAUUCUACCCAUGGGGUCAUCUAACCGUACCCCAAGAUUCAAAGGUCCUCUUCAGGCGACCGUUCGACAAUGACAGGAUCUCCAUCGUGGUCUUCCUGAGCUCCGUCGACCAGUGUCCCUACUUUCUGAUGAGAACGAUACAAGAUGACACUCCAUGGUACUCCAUGUUCGGCGCGCAUGAGCUAUGUAUCGAACGCGAAGGCAGUGCUCUGCAGCUGAAGCGAUGGAGCCGCUCGGAGCAGUGCAGCAAGCUCUGGGCAGCAUUAUACUUUCUGACAUGGGAAGAGAUGGUGCUCUUCCACUGCACAUUCGUUGCCCUGAAAGCACGCAACCUGUUGACCGUCCAGAUCCACCCGAACGAGUUCAAGCUGCACAGAGAAAAACGGCUGUUCCAGGCCCAAAUCAUCGACGACAGCUUCAAACAUUCCCUCAUCGUGUACGAGGAUAUACAGACCAGAGGCCUGCGCCUGCAUGCUGCGGUAUGGGAAGGCGAGCUCAGACAGUGUCCGGUUUGGACCGCCUUUGGCAAGUCUAACUCCCAGUCUCCAACAUGGCUCAGUCGGCGCUCGCGACAUCGUGUUUGGCUCAAGGAUGUCCAGCUCUAUGUGUUCUGCGGCAAGUAUCGACAGGAGAACAUGCGCCAGAAUAAAUCAGGCGCCUUCGAGAUCUAUUUCGACCGAGAGGAAGGCGCAAAGAGGUUCAAGGAGCUGUUCUCUGUAAGGUCGGCUUCUUCGGAAGCAUCAGAUAUCGAGCCUACGGUUGCCGCCUCUGCAUAG